AACACUAUAUUAAAAACGUCAAGAAAUAAAAAAAAGCCGGAAGGCUGACUUAGUUUUUAUUUUUAUUGUUAUUUGUUUAAUUAUUGUUAUAAUACUACGUUGAUAGUAACAACCAUAAUUUUAUCUAGUCUUAGAGCUUAUUUCAUGUCCAGAGUAAUUUAAUUGCAAAUAUCUGUGCUUGUGACGGGUUUAUGGAGUCGUAAAACUGUUGAUAUAAAGUCCUUUGUUUGGGAUACAGCUAUUUCUCCGUGUUUUCUCGUGAAAUGGGUGUGGAAAACUCAUUUGGAAAGCGAAUAAGGCGUGUUUUUAUUGUUCUUUGUUAGAAACAAGUGGGAAAAGUGGUCAGACAAGCUUAUUUUAUCUUGAAUGCAUAGGCAACAGUGAUUGAACAUUUCGUAAUAUAAUUUUAUCCGUUUGCCGUCACAAAUAUGGCUGUGUUGCUCAAUAUUCGUUGUGAAAACCGUCUAAAAGGUAUAAGGAACAAGAAGACUCCAUUAAUUAUCCAAUAGGAAUCUUGUAAGUUGUGAUAGACAUCAAAAUGUCAGCUCUGGAGGAGAAGAAAGAUGUUUGGUCGAUGAGAGACGACCGCCUUGAUUCAAAGUACGAAAAAUGUCGAAAUAUUACGGAAGAGAUAUACAAAAGGAUAAAUAUAACAUUUCAAAUAAAGAAACUGGAAACAGCCACGCAGAGUGAACUCUCAGAACACAGUGACCAAAUAGACAGUAACGACCUCAGCAACGAGACGGACCUGUUCGCGUGUGACAAGAGCGACUCACUAUCAAGUAGCUCGGAGGCUGAGAAGCCGACGCUGACCUGUGAGAAGUACAUCAACAUUAAUAAUAAUGAGGAGAAAGUUAAACGGGCGCAGGUUUAUAAGAGGCCGAGGAAACGAUUCAGGAAACGAGUAAAGAAACGCCAGUCCAAGUGUCCCCGCAGCGAUUCAGAGGGUUCAAGCGACGAGGCUUUGCCGCUCAGCCGAAUAGUGGAGGUCGACAAGUGUGGCAACACCGAGUCACCGGACAACGUCAUGGGCGUCCCUAAUAUUGUUAUUAUUACUAGAGAUUUAAAACCGAAACUACAGGCCGAUAAGAAGGCGACCCCUGCUAUCCAAGAAACGACUCCUGUGAAGAAGGUCCGUGACAUUGAGGGCAAGGCUCAGCCUCUUGACCUCAAGCAAGAGAGGCAGGAGUGGAGGAACUGUGACCUCUGUAGCCUGUCGUUUAGAGGCGAGCGGGGGCUGAGACGCCACAUGACAAUGUCUCACGUAACAAGUCAAGAUGAAACCAAGAAGUCCAACAAAACGGAACAACGACAGCAACCUGCUUAGAUGGGUAAUGUGUGUAAUGACCGGCGGCCAUUUUGUUAGCUAGACUGAUGAAGUGUAGACCAGAGGUAAAUGUACACGGCAG